AUGCAUACCCAUGGCACACACGCAUACAUAGUCCAGGGCGUCAGUGCCAAUCACGUGGACAGAGAGUUUGUGCCCAACCGAGGGGGCUUGAGCAUAACACCCAGCGAAGGAGUACCACUUGAAUCUCCUCAUGGACCAGGCAAAGGAGGGAAGCUGCACAAAGCUGUGCCCCACCAACACCCCGAGGAGACUACUCAAAUCCAGGCGCCCCAGCCACACUUGACUCGGCCCGAGACGCAUUCGUCUUCAGGCUUGGACUGGGCUGUCCGAGUCUCUGUGGCGUGUGUUCUUGAGUUUGAUGAGACCGAAUCUCGAGGAAAGCCACGAUCCACUCAAAACUCGGUUUGGAGAAUUCUCGGACCAGAUGAUACCGCCAAGUUCUCUCCAAUCUGA